AUGGCUCAUACAAUGCAAACUGCUUCAAUGGGACCGCUUCUCAUGAACAGCGGAAACCAAGUUAUGACUCAAAUAGAGAUCUGGAUGGCAUCAUCUGACUGCAGCGAUCAAAGAUUGAAUCCUACGCACCAUAAACAAAGCGAAUCAGCGUUUCAGGGUUGGUUCCCUAGCAGCCCGGGGGCAAUUAUGAUAAGUCCGACAUGCAAGACCCACAUUAACCAGCAGGUGACAGAGUUGCUUAAGCGCGGUGUCCCUAUCUGGCCAACGCAGCUUCGGUGGUACACCAAAUCAUUUCUGCAAUCUCUAGGUCAUGACUAUAAUGUGCUGACGAUGAAAACCAACCCUAUCAUUGGGCUUGAAGGGCGUGAUGGUUGGGAAGAGUUCAUUCACCCAUUGGGAGCUACAUAUAGCUACAAUGCAAAAAUGAAAACAUACACCGAAAUGAACAUCAGGACUUGUUCAGAUGAACAGGUCCACAGGCUCGAGUCUUGGAUCGACGUAUCAAGGACCAAAUUAAAUGGACAAGAAUGGUUGCUGAUCGUUGAGCUGGUGUUGGUGGGAGGGGAGGAGAUCUAUCCAUAUUAUUAUGUGGUCCCAGAGAAACACAUCAUUACCUGGCUAGAACUGCUGGAUGGCUACUUUCUUUUCCAAGAAUGUACGGCGGUAUGGCACUGGAAUCACAAAAGACUCGAACUUGAAGCCCAAUUUUGGAAACAUGUUGAAUACUUUCCAUGCGGGAUCAAAAUACGUGUCUCGGAAGUGAGAGCUUUGCGGAUUCAAUUGAACUGGUACCGCAUUGAAACAGAAGCAUUAGCAUUGGAACAAUCUACUGUGGCUUCAAUAUUCUGGACUUUGGACCAAAUGAAGGAAAUGGUUGCUGAGCUAGCCAUCGCCGUCGAUGACCAAAGAUCAGAAGAACUUGCAGAACCUGAUGGGACCAUGAAGGAGCAGGGUAUCACAAUCUGCAGUCAUCACAAAUACCUGAACCACCAUGGUCAACCCAAAGCUCACUUGAUGCGAACACAUUCACUGGGCGAAAGGCGCACAGACCUGGAAACCUCUCCUUUCGUGACUAGCAUUGCAUUCACUAUGCUUUACAUUCCAACAAUAAUGCUCAGACACAUCAGAAAUAUUUAUGUUGAUGGUCUCAUCAACAGGGUGGACAUGAGGAACUUCAUGGACAAUUUCAGCGCCCAGGCCAAAGCUCAAACUACCGUAGCAAGUGUCAUCAUGGCGGUCAAUGCCAGCAUCCUUGCCAUCCCAAUUUUAGGCUCACAACUUGCUACAAAGAUGCUGUGCUCCAUCUCCUUCAUUUUCAGUGCGCAUUACCUGCAAGGGAGGAUGGGAUACUACAGUUUGGUUUUCUCCAUCGUUAGAUUUCUCGCAGGCAUUUUCACAGUUGAAUACGGGCUACCCUUGUCCGCAAGGAUUGCAUGCGGGCUAAGCCUCAUUGUAGGGAUGGGCCUUGUAAUUCCAUUGGCGGUCGCUAGUCUUGGUCCUGGACUGAUCCGGUGA